AAAAUUCCAAGUCUCACAUUCUAAGCACUAAACUUUGAAGAUUACACGGCAACCGAAGAAGAACAGGUAGAAAGCGAUGAAGAAGGCUUGAUCUUUCUAUUACGGAGUACUAAUUAAUCAAUUAAUUUGGUUGAGAACAAUGCCGGAAGCAAUGGAAGACAACGGUGACGGCAUUACUGCCAGCCCCCCGACUGCUAUCUCCGGCGGGAACGGCAGGAAUGGCAAUGCCAAUAGCAGCAUGGACACGGCGGUGGCGAGGCGGAGGGUAAGAAUAGGAUCCGCAUGUGGAGGAGUAGUGAUAGGGAAGCCUGUUAUAGUGAUGAUAUGCGGGAGCCUCGUUUACUACCACUGCGCCUACCAGAAAUCAAGCCUUGUCUCGCUCGUCUCCGACGUCUUUAUCGUUCUUCUCUGCUCUCUUGCCAUCCUCGGCCUUCUCUUCAGACAGAUGAGCAUCCCUGUGCCAGUGGAUCCGCUAGAGUGGCAGAUAUGUCAGGAGACGGCCAAUAGCGCAUUUGCCGGCUUGGCUAAUACCAUUGGCGCUGCGGAAUCUGUUCUCCGCGUUGCUGCUACUGGCCAUGAUAAGAGGUUGUUCUUCAAGGUUGUUGCUACUCUUUACGUGCUAUCUGUUUUAGGGAGGAUGGUAUCAGGUGUUACCCUUGCUUAUGCUGGCCUGUGCUUGUUCUGUCUUUAUUUGCUGGUAGAGAACUCACAAUUGAUCAGCUCUCAUGUCUCCCAUUUUUCUCGGACAAGAGACUACUCAACCGUGC